UCACACAGAAUGGAGGCCUCUGCCUCCGCUGUGUUCUGCAGCAGGAUGUUGAGUAUGGUGAACCGUGAGGAUGUUAAUGCUAUUGUACAGGCACAAAGACACAUGCUGGACCGUUUUGAGAAGACAAAUGAGAUGUUACUGAACUUCAAUAAUCUGUCGAAUGUGAGGCUAAACCAGAUGACAGAACGAUACCAGCAUCAUACCAGGGCACUUGUGGACAUGAAGAAGGAUCUUGACAAUAUCUUUCGGCGAAUAAGGAUUCUGAAGGACAAGCUUGCAAAACAGCAUCCAGAAGCAUUCAGCAGUACCUACAAUUCCCUGGUUGCAGAUGAUGACGAGGAUUUUGAUUCAAUCCCAAAGGGUUCGCUGCCACUGUCCUCCACUUUGGAGUUGAGUUCUGACUCCAGUAAUACCAGCCCAACUUUACUGUCUACUGGAGCAAGUGGGGAUUCGGAAGAUGCAUCACGGGGACUUGCAGAUGCCCUGCCGAUUCAGGGACAGAUUGAUGGGCAUGAGCAGCCUGUCAGAGAAGAUGGGGAAGAAUAAUCUUCAAACUGCACCUGGAUAAUAUGUCCCCUCAGAGUGGGAGGGUGAAAGCAGCCUGAGACCAGGCCCAAGGAGCUGGACAGGCUCUCUUUGAUGAAACCUCUUACCUGUUGCUGUUAGAGCAGACACUGAGGCUAAUGCCUAAGGAAACAUGAACUGUCUUCAAACAUUUCCUGUUUUUUUUUGUUUUUUUAUUGCAGUGUGGAUUACUCUUUCCCACUAUAUUCGGUGAACCCCACUCACGGUGUGAUCCUAGGGGAUUAAUGGUGAAACACACUGUGACAUGUUCACUCUGUUACUGUAGGAUUUGCACAAUUUGGAUUAAUGUUAAAAUGUAAAAUGUGAGAAAAUAAAACGUCGACAUCA